GUGAAACAUAGUAAUGCGUCGUUUUUGGUCUUGGUCAGCGAUGGGGUGACACAUGUGAUGUCAGAUGAGGAGAUUGCCACCACAAUCACGGAGUGUCGUACGCCUCAGGAUGCCGCGAAAUUCCUCGUGGAAUCCGCUUUACAGUACGGAUCGGAUGAUAAUGCCAGUGCAUUGGUCGUUCCCUUUGGUUUCUGGGGCAAGUCGUUCAGUGGCGGACAGCACUAUCUAAGCAUCCAUCCGAUGGGAGCCUUCUAUUGUUAG